CUCACAAAACAAAACAGCUGAUAGUAGUCAAAGAUGGCCGCCGCUACUAUGGCGGGCCUCGACGCCCACAGGAUGGAGAAGAAGAAAUUCGAGUACUUUUCCUCCAUAAACUCCAUGGCAAACAAGAUAAUGCAGGAGCGGGAGAAAAUAAAAGCCGAGUACGGCCCUUCCUGGGAGAAAAUGACCCCUCAGGAGCAAGACACCGCCGUAGAUAACAGCAUGAUGGACCCUCAUAUCAGAGCCAGAUACGCUAUGCAUAAAGUGGACCGAGAGGAGGUGGUCUGUUACCCUAAACUGCUUCUCCAGACCGGUCAGAAGAUUGUCCACUUUGGUGAAGAGGAUAUCACUUGGCAGGAUGAGCACUCUGCCCCUUUCUCGUGGGAGACAAAGAGUCAGAUGGAGUUCAGUUUGAUGUCAGGUUCAGCAGAUCAGGUGACCUCUUCCUCACAGGCUGACUCCAAAAAUGCAAAAGUUUCUCAUUCAAAUCAGCUUGGAAAGAGUACAGCAGGAGCUAAGGUAUCUGCCAGUGAGGGGCGAAGGCCAGAGGAAGAGUCGUCCUUCUGGAAGAUCAGUGCUGAAAGGUCGAGGCUGGAAGGGGAAAAAGCUGACUUCCAGUCCCUGACCCCGAGUCAGAUCAAAUCGCUGGAAAAGGGAGAGAAACCCCUCCCUUCCUACCUCCGACAGGAGAGCUCCACCAUCUCAAAGGAGCCUGAAAUCGCUGAGUUCCACCCUCCAGCUCCUGCCAAGUCCAUCAAACAUCGGGCGCCCAAGCCUCCUGCCCCACAGCCCCCCGGCCCAGUGGCUGUCAGUGCAACACCUGCAUCCAUCUCCAUCGCACCCACACCGGCACCGCCCAUCAGUGACUCCUCUACAGUUGCAGUUUGGGAGAGAUCUCAGAGCACCCUGCCGUCUGUCAGCAACACCCCGGAUGAAAUCUUUUCCUCCAAUCCCAUAUCCAAGCCUUCUAAGUCCUCCACAGCUGCAGAGAAGGAGAAAGUGGAGGAAAGUUCUCCUCCUUUGGACAUGAGCCCCACCUUUGCCCAGUUUAACACAAGCAACAGCAUCCUGAAGACUGGAUUUGACUUCUUGGACAACUGGUAAAAA